AAAAAUCAAAAAAAAAAAAAAUCAAAUAUUUAAGAAAAAAAACUCUAUAAACUAAGAUGCCUUAAAACAAUACUUCCUUGUUAUAAAAACAAAAACAAAACAACAUAUAUUUUAUUAUACAUAAAUAACUAAUAAAUAUAAAUGAAAUAACAAACAAAUAUUAAAAGAGCAAAAAUUAUUAAAAAAAUAAAUAUGCCAACAUGAAAAACUGUGAACAUUGUCAAAAUAUUAUAAAUAACAACUAUAGUAACAACAACAACAGCAACAUUAAUAAUACUAAUAAAUUAUUAACAACAACAGCAACACCUUUGAAAAUGAGAAUAACAACAAAUACAGCAACAAAUAUAAAUAACACAGAUCUGGUUAAAUCAAUACAUUGUUCGACAAAAACAAUGGCAACAACACCAACAACAACAACGAAACUAACAAUCAGACCAACAAUAGCAACAACUACAAUGGCAGCAACAAAUCAAUUGUGUCAACAUCAAUUACAACAACAGCGACAUGUGCAACGUUGUUCAAGUGUUGGUAGCAUAUGUGUUAGCGGCGGUGGUAGUGGUGUUGGUGAUACACUAUCAUCACAUACAGGUUCAACAUUGUCACCAACAGCUUCAACACUCAUAAUAACAAAGCCAUCAGUAACAGUGCCGGUGCCACCAACACCACCUUCCUCCAACAGCCAGCAGCAUCAUUUACAUCAACACCACAAUGCUAGCAACAAUAACAACAUUGGCAAUCAUCAACAUAUUGCAUUGUUUUCGUCUGGUAAUAAAAGUAAAACUUUUUUGCCAACACCACCACCACCACCCUCAAAUGUUGCCACAUUGUCGGCCAACAACAACAACAGCAACAAUCCAACACAAGGCACUGAGUUUAAUACACGUCUACCAACAGAGAAAACACAAACUGUUAUUGGAUUGCCCCCCACUGUUGCAGCACCAUUACCACUACAACAUCCGCUACCACUGUCACUAGCACCACCACCACCAUCAUCAGCUCUAUCGUCAGCAACAGCUAGUACAAACGGAUUAACAACACAACAACAAACACCACAAUCACAUCCGGCGCCACUACAACCAGUGGCACCGCUACCACCACCUCCUGCCGCUACAACAUUACCUCCUCUGGUUGGUGGUCUAGGCGCCGCAGCAAUGGCUGCUAAUUUAGCCGAAUCCUUUUCAUUGUUACAUCAGCAGGCUCAUCAUUUUCGGGAUAUUUUAUAUGCCGCACAUUUAUUAGGUCGAGGUUAUUAUCAACCAGCUGGACCAUUGAUCUCACCUCAUGUUAUACCACCAGUAACAGCUGGUCCACCCAUACCACCAAAUGUGCCAUUGUUGCCAGCAACUACAACUAAAAUUAAGUCGCAAACACCAACAACCCCCACAGCCGAUGGUAGUGAACACUUACCAGCGACUGGACAAACAAAUUCCGCAACAACGGAACCACCCGAUACGGAUGUACUCAUUACUGGAGGGGAUUUGACACCUUUCCGUUAUCCACCACACAGUGCCAGUGGUGGUACAUCACCGGCCACAGCUGCAGCAGCAGCGGCAGCACAUCACAGUCAACAACAACAGCAGCAACAACAUCAUCAGUUACAUCAACAAGCUGCUGCAGCUGCCGCAGCAGCGGCCGCGGCGGCAGCUGCUGCUCAUCAAGGUUCACCAUAUCCACGAUCGAUGCAUGCCCAAAUGCACUAUUCCACAGCAUAUCCGGCUAAUUAUUACUCACCAUAUCCCGGUGAACCCAUAUGCUAUUCACCACCUGCCUAUCAACCCUAUUUUCCAACCAAAGUCUAUCAGAGUGCACCGCCACCACCACAUCAUUCGGCCUACCGAAGAUAUCCCUACUAUCAGCCAGGUCAUCCACCACCACCAGCGGAUUUAUAUGAACAAGCACCACCACCGGCAACGGGUGCUGCUCCACCUCCGGGUGGUCCGCCGCCGUCACAAUCAGGUGGUCCCCCUCCCCAAGGGGGCUCGCAGUUAGUACCGGCUGGUCCGGCAGCACAUAGUCAACAUUUGGAACAUUAUCCCGGUCCGCCAGGUUAUUAUCCUAGUUAUAGUCCCGGAGGUGGUGCAGCUGGUCAGUGUUAUUCACGCAGUAUUCAGGCUCCGUAUAUGGAAUAUCCGCCACAGUGUCCGUGUCCAAUGCAACAAUCGUGUCCAAAAAACGUCCAUACUGGGCCUCAUAUUGGUAGCAACAGCAGCAGCAGCAACAACAACAGCAACAACGUCAACAACAGUACUUCAACCAACAACAGCAACAACGUCGCAACAAUGAACAAUCACUGCAACAACAGCAGUUUGAAUGCAACUAUGUCACACAGCAGCAACAACAGCAGCAACACCAACAAACCAAUGAACAACAACAACAACAGUUCGAGUACCAACAGCAGCAGCAACAAUUUGAUGAUGAAUGCCAAGAGCAAUAAUAGCAACAGCAGCAGCUUCAAUAGCAACAACAACAACAGCCAACAGGCAUUGACUACCAGUAGAGGCCCAGUUAAAAAUUUAACACCCACCCAUAAUACCAUAAACUCCAACUCCCCAGUGGUAAAUAAUGAGAUGCGCAAAGAAGCACCAAAGACUUUACCGCUAUUAUCGAUAGCAGUCAAAACAGAAAUGACUACAGAUGAUACGGAUAAUAAAAGUCAAUAUGAGGAGAAUGUCUUGACACCACUAACACCUCCCGAGAAUUAUAGCACAAAUGAGGACAAGUUGCGUGAUUCCUUGGACAAGGAUACAGUGACUGCCAUACCCUUGGAAGAGGAUAUAGAAGAGGCAAUUGAUAAGUUACAAGCUAACAAUCCGCAUCAUCAGUUACCUCCCCAAAGAGCUAACAAUAACCAUUUGUUGGCCAUAGCUACACCCAUAGAGGCCUAUGAUUUGACUACCACCACACCGCCCUUGCAAAAUAACUCCAUACAACAGGCUACAAAUGGAACUACACAGUCGGCCCAGCAAACAGUUGGUAGAAGAGCUAGAAUUGGCAAAUCUAUGGCUUGGAAUAUGGUAUAUGCAGGUGCUGCCUCCCAGCCUAACUCGGCUAAUAAUAUUGCCCCCUCAGCUAAUACACCCACGCAGCCUGCGGCCUUGGUAACAGCGCGUUCCAAUUCUCAACCAAAUUCACCCAUGCACUGUAACAUUUUAAACUCACCUCAAAGAGUAGUUGCGGCUCAUAACUCACCUCAGCAUAAUAAAAAUGUAAAUAAUAUUAGCAACAUGUUGCUCAAUGUUAACAUACCGCCAGCAGCACCCAUUAACUCCUCCAACACAGUAGCUGUUAGCACAAAACAAGAAAUAGAAGAAAUUACAACACCUCUACUUUUGAAAGCCGAAAUUAAAGCGGAAAAAAUUAAACUAGAGGACGAUCUAUUGGACACAGUGCUGCAGCAACAUACUAAUGUUGUACAACAUGUUGCCACUUCUGCGCAGAAACAUAUCAACAUACCGGACAAAGAAGAGCUUAAAAUUAUUAAGGCUGAGCCUGUUAGCCUAAGCGAAGUUUUAAGCGAAAGCAAAGUGAAGAUAGAAAAUGAUUGUGAAAUCAUUAAAGCGUCAGAUGCUAAAGAAAGUGAGCAAUUGGAGUUGGAAGAGCAUAAACUUAAUUCGGCGCUAAGUAAACCAAUUUGUCGCAUGCGUUUGUUGCCCUCCUGGCAACCUACUCCUCCUACUUCCGCUAACUGUGACGUUGAUCUUUCCAAUGCCUCAGACGAUGAAGUACUCGAUCUUUGCCAUAGCCCUGUUGUGGGUUCAUCCUCAGGAAAACGCAUGAAAAUAUUGGAAUUUAAUAAAAACCAGUGUAAAAAAUCACCACCCAAUAGUUAUAAGAGUUUAAUCAAACAGACCGAGCCCAAGACAUACCUUUGUUUAAGUCGUAAAUUCGAUAAGAAAUCUCGUUUUGGAAAACUACAUUCUACAAAAUCCAAUAAAAAUAAUGGUCUCAAUAAUGGCAUACGACGCAGAGAACUAAUACUCACGGACCAACAAAAACAAAGACUGAGGGUACGCAAAAAGAAAUUGGCCGCCAUAGAAAAGACAAAGAGAGAGGCUAGGGAGCUAAGAAGAGCUGAGAUAAAACAGAAACGUAAAGAAGCUAAACGUGAAAGGGAAGUUAAAUAUGAAAAACUCAUAUUGGAAAGCAAAACUGCAAUUGAAAGCCCAAAGGAGGAGGAAAAGUCCAACAUAGUCAACUUGAUAGAGGAGGAAGAAGAAAGGGAGACCAAAAUUAAAUUUCCAACUGAAGCAAUAGAUAUGACCUCAAAUGUCGGUCUGUUAUCCGGCAAAGUCAUCAAAUCUGUUGAUAAUUCCCCCCUAAAUACACCAAAACCCUCACCCAAACGCGGGAAACCAGCUAAAAAGCCAACUAUACCAUUACAUCUGGUAGAAACUAUAGAUGCUGUAGCUAGAGGUUAUUUCUCGGAACCAGAAUGCCCUCGAUCUUCCAUUAGCUUAACAGUAACAUCACCCUGCCAUAAAGAUUUGCCCAAAAACAAAUUGGAGGAACAGGAAACAAGAAAACCUCUGGUAACAAAAACACAAAAUAAAAUUAAAACCACCUCCGAGAAAAGAUCGAAAUCUGAGACCAAAAAGCCUAUUAAAACUUCAGGUCAACUGAACAACAGCGAAGAGGUCAUCAUUAGUAAGGAAUCAUUAACAAGGCCAGUUUUAGAUUUGUCAUCGCAAAAAGCUACAACAGUUCCCAUACAAACUACCUCGAAUUUGAUGGAACAAGAGUUGAGUCAAGAAAUUCAAGCUGCAUCGUCUGAUCAAGCUGAUGAAGUACAUUCAGAUAUUCCAACAAAAGUUAGCAAAAAAUCAACUUCGAACCAUAAGAAAUCAAGAUCAAAGGAAUCAAAAUCUAAAAAAGAAAGAAAAACUAAAAAGUCAUCAUCAUCAUUCACUACCACUUCUAAUAGCAAAAAAUCAAAAUCCUCGAAAAAAUCAAAGAAUUCUAAGAGCGAAGAUGGCACUAUAGACAAUACCAACUUCAAUAAUGUCUUUGAUCCGGAAAUACAAGUAUCCGAGUGUAGCGAUUCAAGCUCAGGCCUGGCUGAAACUAAUAAUAAUGAUUACGAUAAAGUUUUAAUUGAUAUACCAACAACAUCUUUCGAAGAAUCUCAUAUCUUGGAUAAACCUGUAAUGGAAGUUGAAGAUCAAACUACAACAACACUGGCUGGUACAGUGGAAACUUCUAGUGUUCAAAUAAACGCUCAAAUAACAUCACCAUCUCCAACCACACCAUUAGCAGCUGUAGAUGAGAUGUCUUCAGUCUCACAACAGCAACAACAUUCCAAUGAUAUAACACAGGUAGCGCCUACUGCUAAUACUGUAUUCCUCCAGCCAAUACUUCCGCCUAUGCCUCGGAUUGUAUGUCACUCACAUCAUCACCAGCAUGCGGGCAAAAGAUCACGUUCACGUUCCAAGUUUGGUAGUCGUAAACGCCAAAAGCUAAAACAUUCCACUGUAUCCUUUGAGGUUGAUGAGACACUGCCUGCGGUACCGCGCAGUGAUGUGGUGCCAAAGUGGAACAAUGGUUGGACCUGGGAAGGAGAACCAUUCCAGGGUGCCGUAUUUUUAAAUAGUGAUGAUCCAUUAGUUAUUCGCACUUGUUAUCCUGCUAUGCGUCAUCUUGAGGGCGAUAUUAUACGUUCACGUGAUUGUGUACUCCUGAAGGCAAACGAUGAAAAUGAAUUACCCUAUGUGGCAAAAGUCGCUCAUCUAUGGGAAAAUCCCGAAGAUGGUGAAAUGAUGAUGUCAUUGUUAUGGUAUUAUCGUCCCGAACAUACCGAACAAGGUCGACAACCCAGUGAUAGUCCUGACGAAGUCUAUGCUUCUCGUCAUCGGGAUCAUAAUUCUGUGGCCUGCAUUGAAGACAAGUGUUACGUUUUAACGUUUAGUGAAUAUUGCAGGUAUCGCCGACGACUACGUGCUGCUGAAGAAGAUAUUGAAGACGUUAAUAUUGUACCGAAACGACCCAAUUAUUAUAGUAUACGUAUAGUACCCGAUAAUACCAAUCCGGAAUUGGUAAUGUUUUGUCGGCGGGCGUAUGAGUUUCGAACAAAACGUCUUCUUAAGAUGCCAAAUAAACAGGAUUAUUAUGUCGUAACAUCAUAAACUGAUCACACACGCACUUAUCACAAAUAAUAUAAAAACAAAAUAACAACAACUACUUUUUAUUAGAAAUUAGAUAAAAAAGCAAAAAUAAAAGUAUUGAAAGCUAUAGAGGAAAUAAUAAUAGAAAAAACUCUAAAAUUAAAAGUAAAAAACAUAACCUCAUAAACUGUAUUAAAAAAAAGCAUUGAAAUUGUUAAGGCCUUUUUAAAAAUUAAUAACUAAAUGAAAAAAAUAUAUUAUGUUAUAUUGAUAUUCUAUUUCUCAAUUAUACAAGGAUUUAUUUUAAUAUAGUUUAAAUCACAGCAAAUACAACAAUAAUUUUUAAUUGUUUUAUAAAACAUUUAUUGUUAAAACACAUAAAUAACAACGUCAAAAACUUUAGACUAAAACAUAAUUUAAAAAAGUAUAAAGUAUAAAAUCAACAAGGUAACAAACAUUUAGUAUUAGCAAAAAAAAUCAUAAUAAAACACUAACAACAACAACAAAAAACUAUAUACAAAAUUUAACCAAAAUCUUUAGGCAUUAAAUUUAAGAUUUAACAAUUAACAAAAUUAAACUAAACUAAAAAACAUAUUAAACAAAGUAAAUUGUAAAAUUAUAAUUUCAAUUAUACAUAAUUUUAUUUUUAAGCAAAACAAACAAACUAUUAUUUUAAAAGAAUUAAAACGUUUAUUUCUUAUAAAACACUUAUUAUUACUAUUUUAUAAAUUUGUUUUUAUUUUUAAUCUUUAUUUUAUAAAUUUAAACAAAGAAAUCCAAAUUUUAGUUUUACUUUUUUUUUGGAAACAAGACCAAAUUGUUUUUUAAAACAAACAAAUUUUUGAAACAGAUUUAAAAAAUCAAAAAAAAAAAACUUUUUAUACAUGAAUGUUUUUAUACACAAACAAAUACAAAAACAAACUAAAAGAAUGAAAAAUCUAAAAAAUACUAGCAAAAAACAAAAUGAAACACUUUUAAAUUAUUAAUUUAUAAAUUAAAAAUGAAAUCAUGUACAAAAAUCACCUAUACAUACAUUUAUGUUUUAUUAUUUAAAUUAAAUACAUAUUAUAAAAUAAUAUUUAUUUUUCUUUGUGUUUAUUAUUAUUUUUUUAUUAUUAAAUAUUUUUUGAUGACAUAGUUUGAAAAUACUGUUAAUUUUAUUUAUUUUGCUCUAUUAUUAUGAUUAUUAUAUUAUGUAUUCAUUAUGAAAAUAUGUAACUAUUAUGUACAUAAAUAUAUUUACAUAUGUAACUUUUUUCAUUGUUUUACAUUUAUUUUAUUAUUACUAUGAAAUAUUUGUUGUUUAGUUUUAUGAACAUUAUUUUUUUUUUCGCUUUAAGUUGCAAAAUAAACAGAAAUCUUAUUACAACACUUGUACCUUUUUUGUUUUCUUUAUUUGCUUUUCUUUUGAUUUAGUUGGUUAUGUUAAUGUAUUGCAAUUUAGUUGGUUGCGUUAGGCACAUGAAAAAAUAUGUGUUGGCAACACCUUUGCGUAUAUCAUUUACAGUUUUUUUUUUUACAGUUGAAAGGAUUUUACUUUUGUUUGGAGGAGAAAUUGUUAAAUAAAAUUUAAAUUUAGUGCAUUUAUUUAAAAUAUGUGUGUUUAAAAUAGUUAAAAGUCCAAAUUUGGAUAAAGUGGAAUGUAAUGAAUUGGAAAGUGUAUAAUUGCUCUUGUCGAAAUUGGCAAAAGCUGAAAACAUAGCCAGUUUGCAACCUUUUUUAAACCGCCGCCGAAGUGUUUAGUGUCAGCCGACACCGCCGUUAAUGUUUGUUGGCGCAGCUCUUUGAUGACGCAUUUAAAUAGGAAAAUCACAUAAAAUAGUUUAUAAAAUACUUCAAUUAAUAAAUUGGAAAAAUUAUUUAAUAAUUUCUAAAACUUAUCCAACAAUGAUGUGCUACAUUUUGUUAAAUCACAAUUAAAAAUAUAACAAAAUUACAAUAUAGGAAAAACAAGCAAGCAGACAGUAACUCAAAAAAGAAAGUAAAAAGACGAAGUGCAAAAAAUACAACAAAAAAGAAGAGGGAGUAAUGUGAAUCGCCAGAAGAAAAAAAAAAUAAACUCAGCAAAAAAGUCAUAAGCAGCAGCAGCCCGACAGCCAACCAAUCAGUAUUUGUGUGUAUGUGGACAAAAGUGAUUAAAGUGUUAAAUUAAAAAAAAUUAAGAGGGGUCGAGGAAGAAGCGGGUAGAGUAGUAUCAUCAUAAUAAUAGUUUUCCAAAGUCAUUUGACUAAAAACGAAACACAAAAAACGAAAGUUUUUAUUUUAAAAUUGAGAUUAAACAAAAGCAAGAAAGGAAUAUCGAAUCAUAUCUAUAUUAAUUAUACAUAUUUAAAACAAUAAAUUGAUAAGACGUUCUAAAGUAAAGAAUCGAAUCGAACCUACUGCCACUUGAAGGGGAAGGUUAUUAACAAGCAGCCAGUCAGACACAUUAACUAACAUUUAGUUAAAUGGUUUUGUAACAUAAUACAAACAAUUUGCCGGCCUAACGUCUAACGCCCUAAUCCGUAAGCCUAUUCUAUUAUAUCCCUAAAAUAGAAACUAAAAUCUAUAAUAAGUGAACAAAGGCAGUGAAAAAUACAAUAGAAUAAAUAAAAAAUUACGAACAAGUGAUUUUCUUAUCAAAUCGUCACAACAGCUCAGCAAACACCCCAGAGUCAGAGAACAGCCACCCAACCAUCGAACGAACGGAACAAGAAACGUAACAAAAAAGUAAUUAAUCCCCUAAAAAAUAAAAAGAAAGAUAUUAAAACAUUUUUAAAGUGUUAAAAUAUUGUGGACUUUAUGUUUCCUAACUAAUUUAGUGAUAACAAAAAGAACAACAACAUCAAUAACAAUACGUGUUUCGUAAAACGAUUGCAUUCUCCAAACAGUGUAUGUGGGUGUGUAGUUUAUUAAUACUUGAAGCCUGCAAAAAAGUGGUUGUUUUUCCUUCUUUUUUUUUUUUUUGUAAUAAAACGAUUCGAAGAAUAA